AUGGAUAUUGAAUACACGCAAGGAUUGUACAGUUUAGAGUUUAUUAAACCUUUGACUUUUGCUUUUAGAUAUCUGAACAGUGUCGGCAUAAUUUUCUUCGAUGACCAUAUACCGCGGUACAAAAUGUAUUUGAUGCAUUUUUUUGUAUUCAUUUGUAUUUUGUUCCACUAUAUGACGCUGUUCGCGUUUGUUGUUGAAAAAUCAUUAGCAGAGACAAGGGAUCUCGCACAAUUAGUCAAAGCAGGACCAAUUAUAGUUGUCGUUGCCCAAUCUUUAUUUAAAUUUGUAAUUCUCAUUUCGAAAAAGGCAAAAAUAAAACGUAUUAUUAAAGAAGUGGGCGCAAUGUGGAGAACCUCGGAAUUGACAAACAUCCAACUGAAGAAAAAAGAUGCAAUUAUGAUUCGAAUUAAUUUCUAUCAAAAAGCUUUCUUCCACACCAGCAUGUGUGGCUCAAUUUUAUACCUUUUUACGCCAUUUUUUGAGUCUAUACUUCGGCGAUACAUUCUUCAUCAGGACUAUGAAUUGGUACUGCCAUAUGCCUGCACCUACCCUUUCAAUCCCACCAAGACAUUCUUUAGAUAUUGCCUCGUUUACACGUUUCAGGCCUAUAGCAUGGUAACCUGUACAUUGAUAUUCGUUGGUUCUAUGUUUCUGAUUGUCGCUAUAUGUUCACACCUGAUCACGGAAUUUACUUUACUAAGGGAAGAUGUGCUUCAUCUUAAACCUGUAAUAAAUAACAACAAAGAGGAGAUGGAAGGUGAUCAUUGUGGACUUGGGAUUAACGAUUUUAUUAAGAGACACCAAAAAUUAUUAAAUUUGUCGCGAGAUUUUGAUGAUAUUUUCAAUGUUAUAAACUUCGUCAUACUAUUGUUUGCGACGGUAAUCACUUGUUUCUUUGCAUUUACUGGCAAAGUUUCGACGGGCUCAUCUUUAAUCUCAAAUAUAGUGGCGGCGAUGGGGAUGCUGGUAGGGUUGUUUGUUAUCUGUUACUUCAGUCAAAUGCUGGAAGAAGAGAGUGCAGGCAUCGCGCAAUCAGCGUAUGAAAACCCUUGGUACAAGGGUAAAGUAGACUAUCAGAAGACCAUUGGAUUCAUCAUAGCCAGAUCCCAAAAACCGUGUUUUUUGACUUCGUUGAAAUACUCGCCGAUCAACUUGUCCACUUUCCGAAAGGUUCUUAGCACUACGUGGUCCUACUUCACAUUGGUCCAAAAUGUGUACGAUGAAGUGUAG